CAGGGCACUGCCGUUCCUUUCACUCAGCCUGAAGUCAUUCAAAUUUAUUUUUCGUAACCGUUUACGACCAACACAUAUUUAUCGUACAUUUAAAUAUAAAGCUGUGACUCCAGUAACGCGCCUAGCCUCCUUAAACAUUUUUAUGGAAACUGCUGAAAAUUGUUAACAAAAAUAAGUAACUGCGUCUGUGCAACUUUUGAAUCAACUUCAAGGGGUCUGUGUUACUGUGAAGCUACAUUGAUACUUACUAGGCUGGCUUUAAAAAUGAUAAUAUACUAUAAUGGAUUUGUGUGUGAUUCUGCAACACCGCUACUUUUUUUUUUUUUUUACUGGACUGGCAGUUUGCAUAUUUAAAAAAAUAAAAUCACCAGGGUUUUUCACCAAAACUGCAAAACUAGGCUAAGAUACUUCUUGAGCGUUCUUAACGGGACGUGCACGGGCGGCUACCCCAUUAGAGUUGCCUGUGUUGAAAUGUAACGAUUCACGUCUUCACAGAACGCUGUGUGCUCGUGUGUUCACAGUCCAUUAUGCGAUUUUACGAACCGCUGAACGCUUGGGUUGUUAACAGGGUGAAACGAAGUAGGUUGAAAAGAGUGGACUGGCACUGUGUAUGUGUUAUUUUUUUUUCUCUCGUUACAUUUUGGACAGGUUCUUCACUCUGCGCAACAGACAGAGCCCGACGAUGUGUUUUUAUUAUCAUUCUCCUUGGCUAAAUCAAGUGGAUUUAUAAACAUUUCUCCAUCUUCUACAGCGAUGGGCAUGGACAGUUUUAAACGAUACAAGAAGGGCGUUUGUUGAAUUAAAAUAAAAAAAGGAACUAAGGAAAUCACUAUUCUUUAUAUAAAGCAUGUUUUAAAAUGGGACAAGGACAGGAAUGAGAAAUGACCCGUGGGACACGCUGGUUAUGUGCUCCAGAUCAGGACUAGAAGGGGAAUCUGGAAGCCUGAACAAACCCGCUGGCUUGGUCAGAUUUCAGUGUCUCUGAUUCCGCUCCCAAUCAAAGCAGUAUUGACUUUCUCAGCCGCAGGACUCUGGAGUAAGAGUAUAGACACCUUGUGCAGUGUCCUCCACAGCGGUCCAGCUGCCUGUCUGUCGGGAUGUCCCAAGGCGAGCUGAUCGAGCUGCAGGAGAUGUCCCUGGAGGAUCGUAUAGAACUCACCCCGCAGACCCCCCGGCUGGAGAGGGUGAACGCGCUGCGGAUCAGCCCGGGGAAGCUGCCGGAGCUGCUGAGUCGAGUGCGGGUCAUCCGGCUGCUGGGGGAGAGCCUGGACCCCCGUCUGACUGACGAGGCCGGGGAAGGGCACGACUUCCAGCCCUGCACCCACGCCCAGCCCACCUGGUGUGACCUCUGUGGGGACUUCAUCUGGGGGCUGUACAAGCAGAGCCUGCGCUGCACACACUGCGGGUUCACAUGCCACUACAGGUGUCGGGCACUCAUCCAAUUGGACUGCAGCGUGCAAAGGAACCGCUUCACCGACCAAUCAGACCCUGCAGAGCACACCGUGGAGACAGACACCAAUGUGGACGAGCAAAAAGACCGGGAGAAGCAGGAGCUGUCUCCGAGCGAGAUUGAGCAGAAAGUGAGGGAGUACAAUGCACAGAUCAACAGCAACCUCUUCAUGGCCAUGAACAAGGACGGCUCCUACACUGGGUUUAUCAAGGUGCAGUUGAAGCUGGUGCGCCCGGUCUCCGUGCCUCCCCCUCCCCGCAAGGCGUCCUCCGCCCUGUUGGUGCGAAAAGGCACGGCUGUGAAGCGGCGCACCUCCUUCUACCUGCCCAAGGACACGGCCAAGCACCUGCACAUCAGCUCCCAGACGAAGGCGCACGAGGUCAUCGAGGCGCUGCUCAACAAGUUCACCGUGGUGGACAACCCCCGCAAGUUCGCCCUGUUCGAGCGCAGCGAGCGUGAGGACCAAGUGUACCUGAGGAAGCUGUCUGACGAGGAGCGGCCCCUCCACCUGCGUCUGUGUGCCGGCCCCAGUGAGAAGGUGCUCAGCCUGGUGCUCAAGGAGAACGAGACUGGAGAUGUGAAUUGGGACGCCUUCAGUAUGCCGGAGCUGCACAACUUCCUGCGCAUCCUGAAGCGCGAGGAGGAGGAGCACGUGAAGCAGCUGGUGGAGCGCUACACCCGCACACGCAUCAAGAUGCAGGAGGCCCUGACCAGCCACACCCCCGGCUGAGAUGCGACACGCCGCAGUGCUGCCAAGAGGCCACCAGGGGGCCUCAGUCGCCUUUUCUCCAAAGAUCACAGCUGACCGAGAGAGUGGAUGGACACUGCCUGAUUGUGGGUGGUGAAGAGAGCGAAUGGAACGAACCGUGAUGUGCCUUCGACCCGGAAUGAGAGAGAGAAUGAGUUGUGCUUGUGAAAGAGAGAGAUUGUGAGAGACUGGCUGCGUCCAGCAAUGACUGAUUGCCUUAAUAGUCUCUUGUAUGAUUCCAGUGUGUUCAGAAAUAACGUGGGGGGAACAUGGAAAUGGGGUACUCCUUUCAUUUCUUUGGGGGGCACUCCACCCCAUCCCCACCAUCAGCACUGUGGAACCUUGUUGAAGUGUUAGAGACUGCCAAGUUAGCCACCCGGGUAUCCAAGCCCACAGUGUUCAUAGUGAAUGGCUGGACUGUCUGUACAGUACACAGUGUAGGUCACAAGGCUUCUGUGUUGAGAAGCACUUUGACUGAAUCCUGUGCACUGCCCAUUUUCGCUUUGCUUUUUAUUGGAAUAGUAAUUCAAGUCUUGGCGGGUGGGAUGGGAGAUUUUACAUUAUUUACAUUUUUUUUAGGCUUUUUUUUAUAUAAAACAUGAAAUUUCAUAUUUGUAAUGGUUCAGUUUUUUUUUAAACAAUCCCAGAUAAUAACACAUCACAUGUCUUCAGUCCAGUACUUUUUGGAUGUGUAUUUGUUUAAUGCCUUCGUGUUACAUAUUGUAAUUGUAAUUUGAUAACAAUUGAAGGGUUUAGUGCAGUACACUGGUAACCCAUGUUUUGCAGCAUGCUAUAUCCCACACAGCAAUGACCACCCUGGAUUUUGUUUUAACGAGCCUAAGCGGCUCAGUCUUUUUCUAUUUUGUUCUUUAGAGUCUAAGUUCAGGUAGAAACCAAUAUGAAAGCUCUGUAAUCUGAGGUUCAAUUCAAAACAUGGAUGUGAAGGUGAAGACUUGCCCCUUUUUUGAGUUUCAAGUUUGAUUUUUCUCAGCAUUUAAAAAAAAAAAAAAAAAAAAAAAAGUUUUGGUUUGGUUCUUUUUUUUUUCAUAUUCAAGACGGUGAACUGUUAAUCAAGAGACAACUUUGUGCCUACAAACAGAAAUAAAAACUGAUGAGAAA